AUGAUUUCCGGAAAAGAUGUCUACCAUAUUGUGGAGGCCACUGUGCCUUUAUAUGUUGCAAUGAUUCUAGCUUACCUAUCUCUCAAAUGGUUGAAACUCUUUACACCAGAUCAAUGUGCAGGCAUAAACAAGUUGGUUUCGAAAUUUUCGAUCCCGUUGUUGUCAUUCGAGAUAAUCUCUGCCAACAAUCCCUACAAAAUGAACCUCAAACUCAUAAUCUCGGAUAUUAUUCAGAAACUACUUGCCCUUGCAUUGUUGUCAGCAUUAGCCAAAUUGAGUCCUAAAGGGAACUUCAAAUGGGUUAUCACCGGACUUUCCCUUUCGACGCUGCCUAACACAUUGAUCCUCGGAAUUCCAAUCAUCAAGGCCAUGUAUAAGGAAGAAGCAGAAGGUCUCUUAGCCCAAAUAAUUGUCUUGCAAAGCAUAAUAUGGUACAAUCUGUUGUUGAUUGUGUAUGAGUUCAAUGCUGCUAUUUCAGCCUCUACAUCUGCAGCACAACCUUCAGAAGCUACCGGUAGGCAUGAAGACCAGGAGUCAGAUUCAGAAGCACGACCGAAAACCGGAACAGGAAGAGAAGUUAAAAUCAUGCUUAUCCUCUCAACAGUGGCAAGGAAGCUUAUGCAGAAUCCCAACACUCAUGCAACAUUGUUGGGUCUUAUAUGGGCAUGUAUACACUUCAAGUGGGGUGUGAAAUUGCCUGAAAUCAUCGAGAACUCGAUAAAGAUAAUCUCGAGUGGAGGACUUGGAAUGGCAAUGUUUAGCUUAGGACUUUUCAUGGCCUCAAGGAGCAGCAUAAUAGCGGGUGGCAUUCCAAUGUUAUUGGUAACCAUAGCAGCAAAGUUCAUUCUAGGGCCUGUGUUAAUGGCUGCAUCGUCUGCUGCUAUCGGUCUAAGGAGCACAGUCCUAAAAGUGGCAAUAGUCCAGGCAGCUCUUCCUCAAGGAAUUGUUCCAUUUGUGUUUGCCAAAGAAUAUGAUGUUCACCCAGAUAUAGUGAGCACUGGGGUGAUUUUUGGGAUGCUCAUUGCCUUGCCAGUAGCAUUGGCAUACUACUUGCCAUUAGCAGCCUUGUGAUGAAAUGACAAUUACAGCAAAGAAUUACAGAGUAUGUAUAGAUGUCAUAGAGACUUUUAUUGAUUUCAUUAUUAAUUGUUUUGACUAGAAUGCCACAUAUUUGAU